AUGAAUGACGAAUUCACGACUGACGAGAUCACGAAUGACGAAUUCACUAAUGACGAAUUCACGAAUGACGAAUUCACAAAUGACGAAUUCACGAAUGACGAAUUCACGAAUGACGAAUUCACGAAUGACGAAUUCACGAAUGACGAAUUCACGAAUGACGAAUUCACGAAUGACGAAUUCACGAAUGACGAAUUCACAAAUGACGAAUUCACAAAUGACGAAUUCAUGAAUGACGAAUUCACGAAUGACGAAUUCACGAAUGAGGAAUUCACGAAUGACGAAUUCACGAAUGACGAAUUCACGAAUGACGAAUUCACGAAUAACGAAUUCACGAAUGACGAAUUCACGAAUGACAAAUUCACGAAUGACGAAUUCACGAAUGACGAAUUCACGAAUGACAAAUUCACGAAUGGCGAAUUCACGAAUGACGAAUUCACGAAUGACGAAUUCACGAAUGACGAAUUCACGAAUGACGAAUUCACGAAUGACGAAUUCACGAAUGACGAAUUCACGAAUGACGAAUUCACGAAUGACGAAUUCACGAAUGACGAAUUCACGAAUGACGAAUUCACGAAUGACGAAUUCACGAAUGACGAAUUCACGAAUGACGAAUUCACGAAUGACGAAUUCACGAAUGACGAAUUCACGAAUGACGAAUUCACGAAUGACGAAUUCGCGAAUGACGAAUUCACGAAUGACGAAUUCACGAAUGACGAAUUCACGAAUGACGAAUUCACGAAUGACGAAUUCACGAAUGACGAAUUCACGAAUGACGAAUUCACGAAUGACGAAUUCACGAAUGACGAAUUCACGAAUGACGAAUUCACGAAUGACGAAUUCACGAAUGACGAAUUCACGAAUGACGAAUUCACGAAUGACGAAUUCACGAAUGACGAAUUCACGAAUGACGAAUUCACGAAUGACGAAUUCACGAAUGACGAAUUCACGAAUGACGAAUUCACGAAUGACGAAUUCACGAAUGACGAAUUCACGAAUGACGAAUUCGCGAAUGAUGAAUUCACGAAUGACGAAUUCGCGAAUGACGAAUUCACGAAUUCACGAAUGACGAAUUCACGAAUGACGAAUUCACGAAUGAUGGAUUCACGAAUGACGAAUGACUAA